GUGUGGGAAGAAGAAGGAAAGAAAGGAAGACGCACACCACACCACAGCACACCACACUACCACACCACACGACAAACCGCAAACAACCCCCCCCCCCCUCUUCCAAACACACAUGGCGGACGACAUUGGACCAGCGCUGCCGCCGCACUUGGCAGCAGUGAGGCGCACACAGCGAAGCCCGGACCGGCAACAAGGCAGCGCCGUGGGCCCCGCGCUGCCGCCACAUUUGGCUGCAAGCCACCAACACCAACACGCGGGCGCGGACGAUCGCAGUGGCCAUGAUGACGUUGUGGGCAGCGAUGAGCGACGGCGGCGUCACCGCAGUUCGUCGUCGCCGUCCAGAGGCAAGCACAAAAAACACAAGAAGAAGCACAAGAAGAAACACAAGAAGAAGAGCAGCAAGAAGCGGCGACACAGCGACAGCGAAAGCGACGAUGACCGCAGCUCCGACAGCCACGCAGCCCGCCACCACACAUCCAAGCCGGAAGACUCGAGAAUAGCAGACGCAAGAUCAACGGGGCCGGAACCAUCACGCGAGACACCGGAUGCGCUAGACCAAGAUCAACAGCAGCACGGUGCCCGCCGUGCUGUAGGUCCACAGCUGCCACCGCACCUGCUUGCCCAACAGGAAGCGGCUGAUAACACGGACAACGACAAGGAAGCACAUGCUUUGCUGACGAGCAGCAACACACGCAACACAGCUGGUGCAGGAGCUUCCACCGCCGGUGGCGAAGAUGACGACGGCGACGAUGAUGAUGACGAUGACGAGAUGGGUCCGAUGCCAGCGAGCGCACAGGAGAUGGCGCAGGCAGAGCUGGAGUCGAUCCGCCGUGGCUUUGAUGAAUGGGAUCAGGUGGCGCACGAGAAGACGAUGCUUGCCAAGUAUGGCGCCAAGCCACAGCGCGAGGACUGGAUGACGGAGCUGCCAGAGCGCCACCGCAAGAACUUUGGCGUGACGAACCGUACGUUCAAGCGGCACUACGGCUCGACGGACGACGGCAGCAGCUGGACCGCGACACCCAACGCAGAAGGCAAGCGCGUGCCGAAGCCAGCCAAGUUUGACCCCGCGCUGAAGGGCCGGAUGAAGACCAAGGCGGAGGUGGAGCGCGCAGAGGAGGUGCGCGAGAAGGUGCAGGAGUUCAACCAGGCGCGGCGCAAUGAGUCCCUCAUGGAUAUGCACAUGCGCAAGCAGAAGAAGGCCAAGCAGCAGCGCGACCCAGAUGCCAUGCCCAGCGGCCGCGUGCGCUUUGACCGCGAGCGGGACCUGCUCUCCAGCAACGUCAGCCAGUCUGCACGUGAUCGCAUGAUCAAGAAGGCCGCAGGGUUCCACAGCCGCUUCACCACGGGAUCCUCCUAGUUGUGCUUUUCUCCCUCGCUUGUCUGUCUGUCUGUCUGUUUCUUAGGUUGAUUCAUGUCAUGUUGUCACAUCAAAUGUCACCACGUUAUUACAUUGUGUGAUGAUGUGACGUGACACGUGUCACGCAUAAACGCAUAUUGAGGCCCC